AUAUCAAAAAAGGAAAAUUUUUCUGCCGCAAACAUAAAAUUUAAUAAACAGGCAAAUUUUAUUAUUUGAAGCAAUUGCGGGAAUAAUGGGUCGUAAAAAAGUAGGCGAAUUAGUCCGAUCGUGCUUUUUAGUUGGAGAGGGGUUAUUUGUGUGCAAAUUUUGCCAAACGAAAUUAACAAGCGAUCACUUGGGAAAUUUCAAAAGCCAUUUGAUCAGAAGACAUAAGGAAGCCUUUGGAAGGCUUCAGGACGAGCAAGUGCAGCAGCAACAAGUACAGCAAAGCGAAAAUGCUGACGACCCAGCAAGAAAAAAAAUUAAAAUUGAGCUUGAGCUAAGUGAAAACGACGUGCAAGAUAUUUGCGCGGGUUUCGUUACGGAAUGCGGUGUAGCCUUAAGAUUUUUUAAUACCAACACUUUUCAAAAGUUAUUUACGCCAAUAUGUCGACAAUUAAGUUUGCACAAAAUGACCCGUAAUAAUAUAGGGGAGAUUUUAAUGCAAAAACAUACAACUGAAGUAAACAAUUUAAAAACAACACUAAAAAAUCGCAUAAUAUCUAUAAAAAUUGACAGUGCCCAGCGGCUUUUUCGUAACGUGGUAUGCUUAAAUGCGCAAUAUUUACUAAAUGGAGAAAUUACCAUAAAAACGUUGGCAGUAAAUAAUUUUCGUGAAAAACACACCGCAAGAAACCUAAAAGAACUAAUUUUGAAAAGUCUAGAAAGAUAUGAUAUCACAAUUAGUCAAGUGUACAGUAUCACAAGUGAUAACGGCAGCAACAUGGUCAGCUGCGGAAACCUCCUGCAACACGAAAGUAAGGAAGUAGAAAUGCCUUUACUAAAUCCAUCAGAAGAUGUCGACGAUGCCUUUUUUGAAAGUUUCGAAACCAUUUUUGAAGAUCUAGAAUUCGACACUUGUGUUUCGCAAAAUUUUCAGUCAAUUGUAGUUAUACGAUGUGCCGCGCAUACCAUACAGCUAAGCGUAAACGACGUUUUUAAAAAUGAAGAAAUUAAAAACUGUUUUAGAGAAUGCCGCAAUGUAGUGCGAAAGCUGCGUACGCCAGCAAUGCACAGACUCAUAUCGUCACAAAAUUUAUUGCCUCCCACAGCUGAUUGUCCAACUCGUUGGUCUUACUCGUAUGAGUUACUUAAACGGUUGAGAAACUUAGACACAUUAAUCUCAGAAAAUAUGAAAGAAGCCAAUAUUGACUGGUCCGUAAAAUUGCAAGAAAAAAAUUUGCUAUUUGGAGACUUCAUUAAAACCUAUUUGGAAAUGAUUCUUGUUGUAAAGAAAGAAGCGGACAAAUAUCACAUUUCCAAACUUUUGUUGCAGUCUUUAAACCAGAGGAAAGAUAACUUGCUCCAAAACCCAACCGUGGCGGCAGCAAUCUAUCUUGAUCCGCGACUGAGACGGUUACUCCACAGUCCAGAAUUCGCACCUUUAAAAUCAGUUGCAGUAGCGCAUUUGAAGGCUCUCUACUUAAAAAUUCAUGGAAAUGACAACAAUACGCAAGAGCCUGCUGCUAAUUCAAGUAGUGAAGUAAAUGAAGACAGUGACAAUUUGCUUGGCACACUACUAAACCAAAUCUCCCAAUACGAACCAAGAAGCGAAAAUACCACAGAGGCAUUUUCAAUCAUAGAAGCAUUCAAUGAAAAUUGCGAUUUGAAGGCCAAUUUAGCAGACUAUUGGGAGUCAAAAAAAUUUACUCACAGUACCUUGUACCAGCUAUACAAAAUUAUUCAUGCAACUCCCGCUACGCAAGUUAGUGUAGAGCGGGCGUUCUCCACUUUAAAAUAUAUAAUUAAUGGCUAUAGGUCAGGUUUGAGUGAUGAUAUCACUGAAGCGAUAUUAAUGUUACGGCUCAAUUAGUUUUCGCAUAAUUUCUUAACAGCGUUUUGUUUACUAUUUGUUAAUUAUUUAAUAAAAAGAAAUCCCAUAAUGCUACGUACUCCUACAUAAAUUUUGCUUACAAUUUUCUUCUUAAAUAAUGAAACAAAAAAACUAUUGAUAUUUCCUUUUUGAUAAUCAA